UGUGAGUGUAGAAUCAGCAGAAACAGCAAGCGCACAUCUCGGCUGUAUGACACGUCAGGUCCACGCACAGGUUAAGAUGUCAGGUAACAACAGCUCCACCUUCUAUGAUGACUCCAAUAAAGUCAGCGUCAUGCACGUCUGUAUUUACGCCUUCAUCUUUCUCGUGGGUUUGGUUUUCAACCUCACUGCCCUGGUGGUUUUCUGCCGUCAGAGCAAAUCUAGAUCUCAGACCAUCACUUACAUGACCAACCUGGCCUUGGCUGACAUCCUCCUCAUCCUCACGCUGCCCGUGAGGAUCUACUACUAUUCUGGGUUCUCUAAACUUCCCACGGGAUUGUGUGAUGCCCUGGGUCUGAUCCUCAAGGCAAACAUGUACAGCAGCAUCCUCCUCCUCACCUGCAUUAGCUGUGAUCGCUGCAUGGCUGUCACCUUCCCCAUGUCCACCCGCGUGCAAGGCUGGAGGAAAAAGGCGCCUUUUGUUUGUCUAGGGAUAUGGAUUCUGACUAUUGGUGCGAGCAUACCCAUCUACCUGUCCCAGCAGAGAAGUCGUUCCCACUGCUUUGAUGAGUUUCCCGUCUAUGCCACUCAGAGCUACGUUGUUUACCCAACACUUCUUUUGGGCUUCGGGAUCCCUUUUGUCACUAUGCUCGUCAGUUCAUGGGGCCUGAUCCGUGCCGUCCAGAAGAGCAUCGUGGCUCAGACCAACCUGGUGGACAGCAAGAAGAUCAGAAGGAUGAUCGCUGCCAGCCUCAUCAUUUUCCUCAUCAGCUUCCUUCCCUACCACGUCCUCAUUCUUUUACUGUCUCUACGUAAGAACUCCAACCCCCUGCUCACUGCGUACCGCUACAGCCUGAUGCUGGCGUGCCUCAACACAGUGCUGGACCCGAUAGCUUACUAUUUCACCACUGACACCUUCAGGAAGAACAUGUACAGAGACACGACUCAGAGGAUGCUCCCGUUGAACAGUCAAAGCUAAAGAGGCCACAGUGCCAUGCGGGGUGGGAAGAGAUAAGAGAUUAAAGCGAGGUGAUUCGGAGAGCUUCAGUUGUCGCUCAAGAUAACUAACUGUGAAAUGUCUUACUCAGAUGCAUUUUUGUAAAGCUUUUUGUAAAAAACAAAUGCAGUUUUGGACAGAACAAACCCUUGUUUAAGCCAUUCCAAGACUUUGCAUUUAAUUAUCGCCGUAUUGCUGUGUCUUUUUACAUUAUGAAUGUGUACUUUUUUUUUUUUAAGAAAACUGAAUUGUCUUUUAAGGAAAACGUUUUUUUUUUAAGCAGUGUUCCUCUCUUGAUUUAAAAAAAUAAAAACAUAGCUGGCUGUGAGACAUGGCUCACACACAGUAAGUUUUUGUUAUAUUUCAACUCUUUACUUCCUGUGCUCACCUUGCAUUUCUGACUGCAGCUCGACUGGGUGAAAGCACACAAUCACUGCAUCUGCUGUCUUAAACCUUUCUGCUCACAUUGUCGCAGACUGACUUCUCCUCAUCUGUCUCUGUGUCCACGUUUGUGAUCCAGUUUCCCUUUACUCUGGUGAAUGAGCAUUUUUUCGAGCACUGGUGUUGACUGCCUCACAUUUUCUGUUUGUCUUUUCCUUCAGCUAAGCCUGUGUUCUGACCUUCUAGAGCUUGUUUGAUCUGGUUUUCUUGUUUCCUACCAUCAGCCUGCCUUGCUGCUUUCCAUUCUGUUUUCAUCCUACUCUAUUUCUCUGUGAACUGCCUACAGUGUGUUUUGCGUGUGGACUUGUAUCUUGUUUGUCACAUGAGCGAGAGAUGAACACCACAUGUGUUUGUGCUUUACUAUUUUUGAGCUUGUUUCAGAACCCAUCACAUGUGUUUUCAGAUUUCACUCCCUGGCGUUUCUCUCCUGGUUCGGUGACCCCCUUCCCGGUCUUUUUGGGUUUUAAUAAACUAUUGCAAAGCUUGU